AUGAUAAACAGCCCUAGUUCGGAAACUAGUAGCUCAACUAGCUCAAGUGCUAGAAACAGUCCAAAUCAAAGUCCAACAAGGCUUAGCACUUGUACAUCUGCAACACGGCUAGCAAAUACAGCCAUUAUAUCUACUGCCAAAAAUGUAAAAGCGACCCUCACUGGUAUGAAGGGCCACUUAACCCGACAGAUAAAAAAAUGCAAUGAUUUAUGUAAUCAAACUCCAGUUGAUUAUGUAGAACUGGAAGGCCAUUAUAAGGUUGCAGAGAGCAAAUAUCAACAUGUACAAAUGCAGAUCCUGAAAUAUCAUGAUAUACUUGCUACUACCAACAUAGAUGAAGCUGCAAUGGAAGCUGUAGUACAAGAAGACACAGAUUACGAAGAUACAAUACAAACAAAGUUACAACACUUUGACAGUUUAAUAACCAUACACAAGGCCAAUACAAACAUUGCAGCCACAGCUUCCCAAAACCUGACACAACCAGAAGUCAAAUUACCAUCACUCAGUUUCCCAACUUUCUCUGGUACAGAGGACGCAAGUUGGGACAACUUCUGGAACAAAUUUGUCAAUUCAGUGGAUUCUAAUGCCACUAUAGCAAAGACAACAAAAUUUGCAUAUUUACAAGUUGUCUUAAAGGAUGAAGCAUUAAAAGUGGUCUGUAAUUUGACCUUCACUGAUGAUGGUUAUGAUAGCGCAGUACAGCUCCUUAAGGAUAAUUAUGCUAAGCCAGAAAGGACUAUCAGACUUCUAACCCAGAAACUGUUGGAUAUUUCUCCUCCAGAUGGAUCAGCUGACUCACUCCAAGCCGUUAGAUUGGAGCUUGAGUCCUUGCUCAAGGCACUUAAGAAUAAAGUUCGAGAGGACAAAAGUACUAGGCGUCGAAUGGGAUACGACAACGGAUCAGUUGACAAUCAAGAAAGGUUUAUGGCACAGUAG